CUCUCUUUCUCUCUCUCUUUCCCUCUGAGUCUCCUGUCCAGACCCAGAAAUACCUUCCAAAGACGAGGUCAGCAGCAACUCCCGGCUUUGAGUUCAUCAAGUUCUAGAGAAUGUGGAAUCUUCUCUGAGAGAGGACAGAGGAACGUCAGAAUGACCGCAGCUCCUUGAGAUGACGAGCGUCAUGGCGGUCAAACUGAACCUUUGCUGCGUCUUCUUCAUCCUGACGGCCGUCACCGUGAAGCCUCAAGUCAAUCCAGAAACGUGUCGCUAUCCUCUGGGCAUGACCGGCGGGCAGAUCCAGGACGAGGACAUCUCUGCUUCCAGUCAGUGGUCCGAGUCCACUGCCGCACGAUUCGGAAGACUGGACUUUGACACCGGCGACGGGGACGGGGCCUGGUGUCCCGACAUCAUGUCGGAGCCGGGCGGCUUCAAGGAGUACCUCCAGGUGGAUUUGCGCUCGCUGCACUUUAUCACCCUUGUGGGCACCCAGGGUCGCCACGCCGACGGCAUGGGCAACGAAUUCGCCCAGAGGUACAGAAUAAAGUACAGCCGGGACGGCGGCAGCUGGAUGGGCUGGCAUGACAGGAUGGGGAAUCAGGUCGUCGAGGGCAACAAGAACACCUACGAUGUGGUCCUGAAGGAUCUCGAGCCCCCCAUCGUCGCCCGCUUCGUCCGCUUUAUGCCCGUCACCGACCCCUCCUCGAUCGUGUGUAUGAGGGUGGAGCUCUACGGCUGUGAAUGGCUGGAUGGCCUGGUGUCUUAUAGCAUUCCAGAUGGACACCAGAUGAUCUACAGAGGCCUGGAUGUCUUCUUCAAUGACUCUGUGUAUGAUGGAGCAACAGCUCAGAGACUGACCAAGGGCCUGGGCCAGCUGACGGAUGGCGCCUGGGGUUUGGAUGACUUUCUGCACAGCCAUGUCCCUGGAGCGUGGCCUGGGUACGACUACGUGGGAUGGAGCAACAAGACUUUCCCUAAAGGUUACGUAGAGGUGGUCUUUGACUUUGACCACAUCCGCAACUUCACCUCCAUGAAGGUUCAUUGCAGCAACAUGUUCAGCCGUGGAGUGAGGCUGUUCAGACAGGCCACGUGCUUCUUCCGCUCCGAAUCGGAAUGGGAGCCUGACCCCAUGACCUUCAGGCCGUCCGCUGAGCCCCUGAGCCAAAGCGGCCGAUUUGUCACCGUGCCCCUUGGGGAUCGAACGGCCAGCAGCAUCAAGUGCCGUUUUCACUUCGGCGACCAGUGGCUGCUGUUCAGCGAGGUGGCCUUCCAGUCGGGCUCUGCCGUUUACAACACGUCGCUGGGUCCACACAAGCAAGGACAACCCAAAAAAUCCCUUCUAGGGGAGGAUCCCACUCACAAAGUGGACGACAGCAACACGAAGAUCCUGAUUGGCUGCCUGGUGGCUAUUAUCGCCAUCCUUUUGACUGUCAUAGUCAUCAUACUGUGGAGGCAGGUCUGGCAGAAGAUGCUUGAGAAGGCCUCCCGGCGCUGGUUGGACGACGAGCUGACGGCUCGCCUCGCCGCGCAGACCCAGGCCUUCUCCUUCCUCCGCUCCUCUCAGUCCAGCGAGGACGGCUCCGGCUCCGGCUCCAUCUCCACGUACGAGAGAAUCUACCCCGCCUGCGCCGACUACCAGGAGCCUUCUCGCCUCAUCCGCAAGCUGCCCGAAUUUGCCGAGUGCGCAGAACACCUCAGUAAGGAGGGAGCCGGGGGUCGAAGGUCAACCCUAAGGUCUUCAAAAGCAGCCGAAGCAACAGAUCCUGCAGCGCGUGCUUCUCUUCCAGAGUCGGGAACCUCCAGUAGAGCAGGCGUCGGUUCCGACGGCGCGCCGCAUUACGCCGAGGCGGAUAUUAUCAGUCUGCAGGAGUCCUCGGACAGCGGCUCCAUCACAGCCGUCAACAUGAACCUCUUUGCUGGAUCGGAUUUGACCUUGAGGGAGUUCCCAAAAGAGAAGCUGACCUUCAAGGAGAAACUGGGAGAGGGCCAGUUUGGGGAGGUGCACUUGUGCGAGGCUGAGGACAUGCAGGACUUCUUGGGUGAGGAUACGUCGACGGAAGGUAGCAGCGAGUCUCCUUUGCUCGUAGCUGUGAAGAUGCUACGGGAAGACGCCAACAAGAACGCCAGGAACGACUUCCUGAAGGAGAUAAGAAUCAUGUCUCGUCUGAGGGAUCCCAACAUCGUCCGCCUGCUGGCGGUGUGCGUGGACACGGACCCUCUGUGUAUGAUCACGGAGUACAUGGAGAAUGGAGACCUGAACCAGUUCCUUUGCAGUCUCAGACUGAAGACCCUGACUGGUGGCGAGGCAGACCAGCAGGAGGGGAGCGACGAAGUCAGUUCCGUCAAACUGCUCGGCAUGGCGGUGCAGGUCGUGUCUGGUAUGAAGUACCUGUCCUCUCUCAACUUUGUCCACCGGGAUCUGGCGACCCGCAACUGCCUGGUGGGGAAGAACGACACCAUCAAGAUAGCGGAUUUCGGCAUGAGUCGGAACCUCUACAGAGGGGACUACUUCCGCAUCCAGGGACGAGCCGUCCUGCCAAUUCGCUGGAUGUCCUGGGAGAGCAUCCUUUUAGGUAAGUUCACCAUGGCCAGCGAUGUGUGGGCCUUCGGGGUGACUCUGUGGGAAAUCCUGACCCUGUGCAAGGAGCAGCCAUACUCGCAGCUCUCUGACGAGCAGGUGAUCGAAAACACAGGCGAGUUCUUCAGGAACCAGGGCAAGCAGGUAUACCUGCCAAAACCUCAGUGUUGUCCUGACAGAAUCUACGUCAAUCUCAUGCUAAGCUGCUGGAGGAGAAACGCUAAGGAAAGGCCGAGCUUCCAGGAGAUACACGCCCAGCUGACAGAGACCAGAUGAGACACCAAGCAACUUCUAUAGGGUUAAUUAAGCCUGGAAGUGUCAGUUCUAGAUUAACUGGACAAACUGUGGAGCUAAAUUGGGGUCACAAAGUUUGUUCAAAAGAAAAGAAAUCCCUCCAGUUUCAAAUCUUUUUCAGUUUCAAUUUUUUUUCUUCUGAACAAACUUUAUGGCCUCAAUUUAGCUCCAUACAUACUGUUUCAGUAAUAGGCAGCCAUCUGGCAUACCAUAAAAACACUGAGUUACAAAAAUUGAAUAUCUGAUUGCUUGAAAGGUUUGAAAAUAAGCAGGUUUAAACUACAUACAGAUAAUUUGGGAUGCAUGAAAAAUGUUGAAUAUGUGGAAUUUUUAUUUGUUAUUCUCUGAAAAAAUAUUUUUUACAGAAUAUUGACUUAUCAGGUACGACACUUGAUCAAAUGAGACAAUGAUAUAGGAUGUUUAUUUUGUCUAGCAUUUAUUUUCAUUAAUACUUUUCAAUUUGAUGGAUUUAAAAAACAUACCAUUAGCAAGACUUGCUAUUUGUGCUAUUUUACAGGGGGCUUCGUAAUAUUCUGAAGGUUUUUUAAGUUUUAUCUUUGUCUUCAAACUUUUAUGCCUCAUUUGGUGAUAGAACUUAUGUAUUAAUAUACCAAUCUUUCCUAUCCAGUCAGGAUAGUGGAUCAUAGAACUGUUUCGAGAUCACUUAAAGUUUUCUUUUUAAUUACUAAUCAUGUCAAAAACAAUCAUUUCUCUCUGACCUGAAGUUUCAGGCCUCCUGUUUAUUAUGUGGAUGCAUCUGAAAUCAACUUUGGACUCUAUGUAAACAAAGAAAAUUGUAUAUCUAUGUAUAAGUCUGUAAUGUUGUAAGUGACUGAUACAUAAGAUUACUGUAGUCUUGAAGAAAACACAAUACUGCUCCUAUAAGGAAUAAGCAGUGUGUACACACUGCAUCCACACAUACAUGUAUUUAUUUUUACAGUCUUUUUAUAUUGUUUCUAUUUAUAGUGUACCAAUAAAAUCUCUUUACAUAUUUGGA